AUAAAAUGCAUUAUUAUUAUUAUUAUUAUUAAAUAGAAAUUUUCAGAUAUGGGGAGCAAACAGUCAGUUCUACAAGAAAAAGGCUACACUGUGAUGAGUGAACAAGACAAUAAAAUCAUGGUGAAAAAUAAAGAUGGUGAUCAGUUUAUCAUUAAAAAGCUGAAAGCUGACCAGAAUGAAGCAUCAGACUUUCUCCAAAAGCUCAAUCAUCCACACAUAGUCCAUCAUAAGGAAAUCAUCAAAGAUGGUGACUGCUUGUAUCUUGUAAUGGAACUCUGUGAGGGUGGAGAUUUUUCUCAGAAAAUCAAGACAAACUCUUACAUUUUCUGAGGUUUUGCACAUUUACAGAUUCUGGACUGGACUGUGAAGAUCUGCAUGGCAUUAAAGCACCUGCAUGAUCAACAGAUCCUGCAUAAAAACCUGCAGCCAAAGAGCUUAUUUUUCACUGCAUGUGGAACCAUUCGUCUGGGAGAGUUUGGAGUGAUUCAUGAAUGGUCCACUGGUGCACAAACAGCAAACCCAGAAGCUUUCUCAUACAUUGCACCUGAAACUUUGAAAGGCGAACCUUAUGAUGAGAAAUCGGAAAUCUGGAAUCUGGGCUGUAUCAUCUAUGAGAUGUGCAUGCUGAAGUGUGCUUUUGCAGGAAAAAGCACAGUUGAUAUUAUUCCAAAGAUACUAAAGGGCUCCUAUGAAGUUCUUCCUACGAACUUCUCUGAGGACCUCCAUCAGCUUGUAAAAGACACACUUCAGAUCGAUCCAGCGAAUCGCCCUUCUGUCAGUGAGAUCUUGAUGAGGCCUUUCAUUAUUAGACACCUUUAUGAAAUGAGCACAAAAACUGUUAAAGAGCUUAUUUCUAAAGUCAGUCUAAAGGUACUAGAAGAGCUGGCCGACGGUUUGGAGAGAGUCCACUUCAACACAACAGUCGGCAGUCUUGCAGGAGGUUUAGUAGGUUUGGCUGGAGGAAUCACAUCUAUAGUUGGGCUUAUUCUCACUCCUUUUACUCUCGGAGCUUCUCUGAUAGUCACAGGAGUGGGAAUCGGUGUGGCUGUAGCUGGUGGAGUUGCAUCUGGUGUGAGCAACAUAACGAAGAUGUUUAAGGAGCGUUCAAACCGCCAAAAGGUCAAAUUGCUCGUUACGGAGCUACAAGAAAAAAUUACCUCCACAAGCUACUGCAUCCAACACAUCCAGAUAGCCAUAGAAACUCAGAGACUGUUAUCUGAAAGCAACGAAUCAUGGUUAAAUGCAGAAUCUGGGAGAAAAACAUUGAUAAGUGCUGGAGCUCGACUUGGGCGAGGGCUGGGAGGAGUUGCAGAGCUUGUCCGUUUAGUUCAAGUCACGGGUGCUGGGAGAAUUGCAGCUCAGACCGCUAGAGCAGUGCAUUUGGCUGAAGUGGCUACAGGGGUUUUGACUGGCCUUUUUGUAGCUGUUGACAUCUUCUUUGUUGCCCUCGACUCCAGAGAAAUUCACAAGCUUCGCAAAGAUUACGCUUCCACCAACAAAAAAGAGCAAGAGCUGCGGUCUGAGAUCAUGAAAUGUGUGAAAAAAAUAAGGGACACUAAAGAUGAGCUAAAACAGAUUCUGGAUGAAUUAAAUGGUGUACUGCAAUCACUGGAACCUCAGAUACCAAACUAAGUUCAUAAUGCUCAGUAUGUUCUUUCAUCAUACACAUACAAAUUUGAUCACAGCAGCAGAAUAUGUUGGGUAAAGGUUUACUAUAUAUUCUGGGUUUUCUUGCUAAAAGUAAUUUCUAGUUUGAUUAUCACUCAAGAAGAAAAUUAGUGCUCUCUGAACUUCCAAUGAUCCAUUGAUUUUAAAUAUGAAUAUAUUGGGACUUUUCUGUUUUAGACUUUUUUUUUUUUAUUUCUUGGUGUUUUGAGAACUAAAAAAGGGAACAUAUAAACACAAAUGUCUUUCCUUCUGUGCUUCAGUAAAUGUAAUUUUCCAUCUUCAGUGUAAUUGCAAUUGUCAAUAUUCUGGAAAAUAUGUCAUUAAAAUGAAUGAUCAAUUAAACAAUAAGAAUGAUUUACAUUUUGCAUGCCUUUAGUAUGAAGCUGUUAAAAAAGCAGUGCAUGUAAUAUUAUUAAUAAUGAUAUGAAAUAUAAACAUGACCCAUUUAAACAUUACUUUGUGAAAGUGUGACAUUUUCUAGACAUCUUCUGUCUCUGGAUGCA